GCGCGCAGCCACAACAACCGUGGCUCAGCGAGCGGACGGCGCUGACAGUUGCUGCUCUGCUCCGUACACGGGUUUGUCACGUGGUUGGACAGCCAUGGUGUUGAGCAAACACAGCUCCUGACUGGAAGCCAUGAAGCAGCCAGGGAAGUGACCGUGGGCCCCCAAAGUGCCUCCUUCCUGGCACCAUGGCGUCCAAGGAGAGGCUGUAUGAAGUGUGGAUGCUCUACUGCACCAAGAGGGAUCCAGACUACUUCAAGAUCUGGCUGGAGAUCUUCAUCGGCUCAUAUGAGCAGUGUCUCGAUGUAGACUUUGAAAAGCCGCUUUCAAGACCCGAUGAGGUUCCGCCCGUGUUGUCGCUCCUGCCCGACAACAUCCUGCAGGUUUUGCGCCACCAGCUGCUGCAGUGCGUCCAAAAGGCCUCGGACGGUUUGGAGCCCGAGCAGCAGCAUCUGGCUCUGCUGCUGCUGAAGUUCCUCAUCGUCGUCUGCAGGAACCUGUCCAACGUUGAAGAGAUCGGCACGUGCUCCUACAUCAAUCACAUCAUCACCAUGACGACGCUCUACAUCCAGCAGCUAAAGAGCAGGACCAAAGAGAAGGAGAUGAUGGACCAGAGUCAGGCGGAGGACUUCGUCCGUCACGCGCUGGCGUUCUGCGAGAGCCUCUACGAUCCGUACCGCAACUGGAGGCAUCGAACGAGCGGGGAGCAGCUGGGUACAGUAGAGAGGAGCAGGCAGAAGUACAAGGCGGCUCCACUCACCGUCGAGUUUGUUCCCUUCUUCUACCAGUGCUUUCAGGAGAGCGAGCACCUGAAGGAGAGUCUGAAAUGCUGCCUCCUGCACCUGUUUGGAGCUAUAGUAGCUGGAGAUCAGAGGAAUGCACUGCACGCCAUCUCUCCAGCAACCAUGGAGGUGCUGAUGCGGGUGCUGGCCGACAGCUACACGGGCAGCAGCUCUACAGCCGAAGCCGAGGACUGGGACAGCGAGGUCGUCGGCCCCAUGGCGCUGCUGACUCUGGGCUGCCUGAGGGAGGUGGUGCAGUGCCUCCUGGCCUCCAGCUCCGACCAGCGGCAGGUGGAAAUCGUCUCCGUUCUAGAGAAUUACUUCAAGCUGCUCAACUCGGACCCGGCGGCCGUCGUUUCGGCCCGACAGCAGCAGCAAGCCAAGGGCCGAGCGUCCACUCUGGGCCGACACUGGGAGUGUCGGUUUGUGGCGCUGCAAGUCCACAUGUUAGACACCAUCAGGGAGAUGCUCCUGUGUUCCGACAGGCCCGUUCUACAAGCCAUCUUCCUCAACAGUAACUGUUUUGAGCAUUUGAUACGACUGCUGCAGAACAGCAAGCUGGUUAAUGCUAGGUGCACCGCGGCAGACAAGGACCAGAAAGAUAUAACCAACAGCAGGUUACAGACAGGAGAGAGGGACGCUCAGGUGUUACAAGGGCGAUUAGACUGCCUGUCUGUAGCCACCAUCAAAGCCCUGACCACUGUGAUGCAUAAAUCACCAGCUGCAAAGGAGGUUUUUAAGGAGAGGAUUGGUUACAAUCACCUGUUCGAAGUUUUGAUUUCACUCGGCCAGCCAUCCCGGCACCUUCUCAAAGAGUUGAUGAACAUGGCAGUGGAGGGUGAGCACACCUCCGUGGGGCUCCUUGGUAUUAGUAACGUGGAGCCUUUGCUGCUUUUGGUCCAGUGGCUUCCUGAGCUGGACUCGUCAGAACUGCAGCUCUUUACUGCGGACUGGCUCCGCCGUCUGAGCUGCCUGAACCGGCAGACCCGGGCCACCUGUGUCAACGCCGCCAUGGUCCUGCAGGCUUUAGCUGCUCUGGAGCGCCAUGAACGACUCCACCGGGCCUGCGCUGAAAGUCUGUUUGGAUUAGUAGGCUCACUGGGCUCUCAGUCUCUGAGCUCCAAAGAACUGCUCGGACUCCUGCGUCUCCUCAGGCCUACGGAGUCCAACCAAGCCCAUCCAUACGUAAACCCGGCUGUCAGAGCCCUCCUGAUCAUGGUUCGCAAGCAGGGGCUUGAGAGCGCCAUGCAGUACUUUGAUUUGUCACCCAGCAUGGCCGGCAUUGUGGUUCCAACAGUGCAGCGCUGGCCGGGAUCUGCCUUCAGCUUCCACGCCUGGUUGUCUCUAGACCAGGACCAGCUGGGUCCGCUCAGCAAAGACAAACGGAAGCAGCUCUACAGUUUUUUCACUCCUGGGGGGACAGGGUUUGAGGCUUUCAUCAGCUCGGCGGGGGUCCUGGUGGUGGCUGUGUGCACGAAGAAGGAGUAUGUGACAGUCAUGCUGCCUGACUACUGCUUCUGCGACUCUCUCUGGCACAGCGUCGGUGUGGUGCACGUACCAGGAAAGAGGCCGUUUGGACAGAGUCUCGUCUACAUUUACGUGGACGGGCAGCAGAAAUUGUCUGCCCCCCUCAAAUACCCCGUCAUGACUGAGUCCUUCACCUCCUGCUGCAUCGGCUCGGCAGGCCACCGCACCACCACUCCGCCUCCCUCCCAAAUCCCAGACCCUCCCUUCUCCUCUGCCGCCACGCCCACCACUCGCUCCUCGCUUGGCGGCAUCCUCUCGCCGCAGACCUGGGGCGGGCUCCUCGGGGGGAAGCCCGAGUCCGUGACUAAGCUCAUCUCGGCGGGGACCCAGGACAGCGAGUGGGGCAGCCCGACGUCCCUGCAGGGCCAGCUCGGAAGCGUCUUGGUGUUUCACGAGCCCCUGCAGCCCAAUCACCUCAAGGCCUUCUGUAGUGCUGGUCCAAACUGCAUCUCUCCGUUUAAAGCCCAGGAAUCAGAACUUGCUGAUAUUUCUACCAAACUUCUGUUGCAUUACUCGCCCAAGGCCUGCAGAAACCCAAUCUGUCUCGAUCUGUCUCCAAACGCGCUGCACGGACGCUUGACGGGGAAAAAAGUCGUCAACUGGGACGUUAAGGAUAUGAUCAACUGUGUCGGAGGCCUGCCGGUGCUUUUCCCCAUCCUGGAGCAGUUGGCCCUGGUAACCCCCGACCAACAGACUGGCGAUCCUGCAGCUGGAUCGGACUCCAUCACCCCCGAUGUGGCCACGCCAGCUGAUGGAGACUGGGUUAUUCUUCCAACCAACCGAGCUUCAGAGGCUCGCCUGGAGAAGAAUCUGGUGGCCACUUUUCUUUUGGUGCUCAAACAUUUUCUGCAGAGGCACCAGAUCAACCAGGAGACUCUGCUCCACUCGCAUGGUGUGGGAACUCUGGGAGCUCUGCUGCAAAAGGUCCCCGCAGGUCACGUAGACGUCAGCAUGCUGGUCGCCAUGCAGCUGCUGAUCGAGCAGGUGACGCACGAGAAGAACCAGGCGCUGCUGCAGCAGCUCCACACACAUCUGCUGUUCAACUUCAACAUCUGGAACAAAGGAGACUUCCCGCUACGCAUAGGUCACAUUCAGUACAUGUCCACCAUCAUUAAAGACAACAGGAAGCAGUUCAGGAAGAAAUAUGGAGUUCAGUUUCUGUUGGACACCAUUCGGCUUUAUUACGGGAGAAACGCUAAUAAAGAGAACAAUCUGAGUGACGACGACGUUCGCACCGUCCGAGCAUCCCUGAGCGGCCUCAUCAAGUACUACAUCAGCAAGGGCAUGUCCCAGGAAGAGAUGCUAAGCAUUCUGGGAUACGUCGCUGCUAUUGGGGACGAAGACCAGCUGUGCACACUGUUGGAAAUGCUGCUCAGUUUGCUGCAGAGCAGUCCGGCCAAAGAUCAGCUCUUCCUGCUGCUCUUCGAACCCGCCGCCGCCGACUCCUGCUACACCCUCCUCCUCAACAACAAGCACUCCGAUCGACUGCGCGAGCUCGUCUUCAAGCUGUUCGAGCGCAUGCUGCGCUGCGACCGCGUUUACGAGAAGAACAAACAGCGGCUGCGCCUGAGGGAGGCGGGCUACACGGGUCUGUCUCUGGUCUUCUCUGAGCUUCACAUCACUCCCAGUCUGAUCCGCUGCCUCCUCAAUCAGGUCCUCCACACCGAUCAAGUUGUGAACUAUAAGGACCUGAUGGCUCUGGUCCAGCUCACCCACCGCGCCGGACCCAACGUUCGCCUGAUCGUCUGCAAGAGGGUGCACCAGCUGCUCCAGUCGCACCAGGACGCUGCCACUCAGAUCUCCAAGCAGCAGUGCUGGCAGGACACCCUCUUGCGGUUGUACCUCCGAGGUGAAGGCUCCCUGCCGCUACGCGGCUCCGACUCCGCCAGCACCUGUAGCCUGGACCUCCAUCGGAACGGCAGCACCAACCGCCUCGAGCUGCCGCUGGAGAAGAAGCUGCGGACAAGCAGCGCUGGCCGCUUGGACCGACUGGACGACGACCGACUCAGCAUCAGCGACACUCGCUCCGUGGACAGCCUGGAGAACGGCGACGUCAUCUCGCUGCUGGACACCCCGUCGUCAUCCGCCUCCAACGAGCCGCAGCUCCCGGUCAAAACCUGGGUGCUGGGUAAAUCCGGGGGCUUGACGUUAGACCUGUCCCACCUGCAGUGUGAGGUUGGGGAGAGCGGCAGCCAAACACCUGGCAGCAUGCCCAGUACACCUUCUCCACUUGAAACCUCAAAGCCUUUCCCUGCUGAUAAAGAAGCUACUUCGUCUCUGGCUGAGGACAGUUUCCUGUUCAGUGACAACAUCUCAUUAGGGGAGUCCUUCAACAAUGCUGAGAGGGCCGAGGAGGAACUGUGCAACAUGCUGCUGGAGAUCGUCCCGGUUGUGAUGUGGCGGGGCAUCGAGGGUUCGGAUGAUUCGGCGUGGCUGGAACGUGGCCAAGUCUUCUCAGCCCUCACCAAACUAGGAACCGCCAAUGAGCUGCUGCUUCCUGUCGACCACAUCAAGCUCAGUCUGUUGGAGCGCAUGUUGGAGUGGGCGGUGACCGAUAACCGCGAGGCCUCAACCGCUACGUUGCCCCAGCACACGGAGAACGCGGUUCGGCUGCUUCACAUCGUGCAGGACUUCCUGCAGGCCGAGGGUUUGGUCAAUCCAGGGCUGUGGACGGAGAAGGUUCUGGAAGAGACUGUGACCCUGAUGGACUGCCUCAUGGUGUGGUACUCUGCUGGCGCUCAGUGGUUUCAACUCUCCCAAGUAGGACUGAGACUUCUUCUGGGAUUCAUGGCUCAGGAUGACCCCGAGGUGUGCGCGAUGGCGACUGCUAAGCUCAAUGGCAUCCUGCAGACCAAGGAGGUGACGAGUCAGGAUGAGGCAUGCUACCUGCUGGGGAAACUGGAGGGAAUCCUGCGGCGCUCCAUCCAGGAGCAGACCGAGGAGAUCUACUCCUUCCUGGUUCCGCUGCUGCGAACGCUUCUCUCCAAAGUCAGCCGCCUCCUCUACAUGGAGCUGCACCUCCCUCAGCUCCCCGACACCAACGGGAGUCCAUCCUUUUUCGAGGACUUUAAGCUGUACUGCGACUCGCCCGAGUGGCGUGUCUACCUUGACAAAUACAUUAUUCCGUACAUGAAGCAGUAUGAGAUCGAGACGUUCAGCCAGGGUCAUGAAUCCAUGGCUCUGUACUGGAAGGAGUGCUACGAAGCCUUCAUGGUCAGCCUGCAUAAGAGGGAAAGAGAGAGGGGAGAGAGCAAGAUCCGCUUCCAGGAACAAUUUGUGGAGCCCUUCUCACGCCGCAGCCGCCAGGAGAACCUGCGCUACAACAACAUGUUGAAGCAGCAGCACAGCCAGAACAGCUCCACCCUCAGGCAGUGGAAGGCAUCACGGCGGGGUCUGGUGUGUGAGAGAGGUCCCUGGGCUGACAGACAACAAGAGGAGAUGCACUGGAGGGUAUCGAGUGCAGAGAACUUUUCUAGGAUGAGGCUGAAGCUGGUUCGCAAUUACAACUUUGACCCCCACCGAGAGGCCUGUGCUCUGAGAGACAAUCUAGGUGUCCAUCAGCAGCGUGUAAACCCCGAGUCUCUGCUGCUGGAAGCCGUGAAGCAGGUCAAAGUCAGCGACCUGGAAGACGACAUCUUGGAGCUGCCGGAGGACGACCCUGCUGCUGCCAGCACCCAGGUUGAAGCAGAAGAGGCAGGUCAGAAGGAAAAACUGGUUUUGGGCGAGGACUGUGAGCUGGUGACGGUUGUGGACGUUGUCCCCGGCCGCCUCGAGCUCACCACACAACACAUCUACUUCUACGACAGCAGCCAGGAGAAAGAGGAGGGAGUGGGCCACGACUUCAAAUGGCCUCUGUCCCAAAUACGAGAGGUCCACCUCAGACGGUACAACCUGCGUCGCUCCGCUCUGGAGAUCUUCCUCAUUGACCAGACAAGUUACUUCCUCAACUUUAAGAAAGAGGCGAGGAACAAAGUCUACAGUCGCAUGCUGCUGCUUCGGUCGCUCAACCUUUAUGGAACCCGAUCACCGCAAGAACUCCUCAAAGCCUCUGGACUCACACAGAAAUGGGUGAGCCGAGAGAUUUCCAACUUUGAUUAUUUGAUGCAACUCAACACGAUUGCGGGCAGGACCUACAACGACCUCGCUCAGUACCCGGUGUUUCCCUGGAUUCUGUCCGACUACGCUUCAGAAGAGCUGGACCUCUCUGAUGCCCGGGUGUUCAGGGACCUGUCAAAGCCAGUAGCUGUUCAAAAUGAGCGCAACGCUAAAGCAGUUAGAGAGAAGUACAACAGUUUCGAGGACCCAACAGGGACCAUUGACAGGUUCCAUUACGGCACGCACUACUCGAACGCUGCCGGAGUGAUGCACUACAUGAUCAGAGUGGAACCCUUCACCUCCCUGCACAUCCAACUGCAGAGCGGACGGUUCGACUGCGCUGACAGGCAGUUCCAUUCGAUCCCAGCGACGUGGCAGACCCUCAUGGACAACCCCAAUGACGUCAAGGAGCUCAUCCCCGAGUUCUUCUACUUCCCAGAGUUUCUGGAGAACCAAAACGGCUUUGAUCUAGGCCGCCUGCAGAUCUCCAAGGAGAGGGUAAAUGAUGUUGUUCUACCCAAAUGGGCCAAGUCCCCGGAGGACUUCAUCUACAAGCACCGCAAAGCUCUGGAGUCGGAGUACGUCUCCGCGCACCUCCACGAGUGGAUCGACCUGAUCUUUGGUUACAAGCAGAAGGGUCCUGCAGCAGCGGAGGCUCUCAACGUAUUCUACUACUGCACAUAUGAGGGGGCAGUGGACUUGGAUGCCAUUACUGAUGAAAAGGAGCGGAAAGCUUUGGAAGGAAUGAUCAGUAACUUUGGUCAGACCCCCUGCCAGUUACUCAAGGAGCCCCAUCCAGUGCGCCUGUCUCAGGAGGAAGUAGAGAAGAAGAAGGCUCAGCAGGACUCAUGUCCUCUCAACAUGUUUGAACACCUCAGUGACCUCAAGUCCUUUUUUGUUGAGGGUAUCAGUGACAACGCGUCGCUGGUUAAAGCCGUCGUGCCAAAGAAUCAGUCCCGUUCCUUUAUCACCCAGGGGAGUCCUGACACACUGGUGACGGUGAGUAAGAACUGCCUGGUGGGGACUCAUGGUUGGCUGCCUUACAACAAGAACAUCUCCAACUACUUCACCUUCAUCAAGGACCCCGCAGUGUCCAACACCAAAACCCAGCGUUUCCUGUCGGGACCGUUCGCUCCUGGCGUGGAUGUAGCAGCAGGGCUGUUUGUCGUCUCCCAUGACGGAAAGUUGCUCUUCAGCGGCGGACACUGGGACAACAGCCUUCGGGUCACCUCUCUGGUCAAGGGCAAGACGGUGGGACAGCACAUCAGACACAUGGAUAUCGUAACUUGUUUAGCAACAGACCACUGUGGGAUCCACCUGAUCUCCGGCUCAAGAGACACAACCUGCAUGGUGUGGCAGGUUCUGCAGCAGAGCGGCGCGCCCGUGGGUCUCUCCCCCAAACCCAUCCAGGUGUUGUACGGACACACGGAUGAGGUGGUCAGCGUCGCCAUCAGCACGGAGCUCGAUAUGGGUGUUUCUGGAUCACGACCUGUCCCUGUGCGCCGAGCCCAUGGCCAUGCGGGUGCCCGUGCGCUGCGUCUCGGUCACCAAGGAGCAGAGCCACGUGCUGGUUGGCCUGGAGGACGGCAAGCUGAUCAUCGUGGGCGUGGGCAAGCCGGCGGAGAUGCGUUCAAGUCAGAUCACCAGGAAGCUGUGGGGCUCCAGCAGGAAACUGACUCAAAUCUCGACGGAGAGCGAAUACAACACCCAUGGCGGUGACAACUGACCCCUCCUGGUCUCCAAGCACCUCCCCCCACUCCUCUCCUCACCCGUCAUCCAUCACCCAUCUAUCACCAAAUGUUUUCUCUCAGUUCCGUCAUUCCUUUUGUCUCCAGGUUAGCAGUACCUUUUUUUUUGUUGUUUUUUUUGAGGCUGGAGUUCUGAGAGUCACCGUGUGUGUUUUCAAUGCGUUGGACUGACGUACGGCGCUGGCGCCGUGGGUUCACCGCAGAACCUGUUCCAGCCUCGACAAAAAAUGUCUCCACUACAUCCAAAACGCCGCCAUCUUUCUUCUCCGUUUCUUGUCGUUCCUCACAUUUAGCUUAAAGCAACACUUAUUUUUUAAAAGAAAGGCUAUUAAUAAUUAAUAUCUUACCUGUUGUAAAUGGUUCUGUC